AUGGUAAAUUGAUAUUAAAAUAUAGGUAGACAUAAAAAUUAUAAUCUAAUUUAGAUAUCUAUUUGCAUUUAAAAUCUAGUUAAAAUUUAUUGUAUUUAACAUGAUUUAGUUGCCUGGAUCUACCAAAUAAGUUACUGUUUAUAUAUAGAAAAAGAAACUGUAAAAAGAAAGAAUGAAAAUAAGAGAGAUGUCUCUUAAGAAGAUAUUUUUUAAGAUUUAAUUAAUACCGAUCUAAAAAUAUUUAUAGCUGAUAUAAAACCAUGAUUUCCUAUUCUGUAUGAAAAUGGUAUCUAUAAAUAAUUAUGUUUAUAGGUCAUUUGA